UUGCUGACGUUUCCGUCAUGGCUGCAUACGAGGGUUUUCUGACUAGUAUCUAUGCAGGCAAAGAUAUUUUCAGGCCCACCUUCUUUGAGCUUAUCGCGCAGGAACAGCUUUCUGAGGUCUUUCGACCAGCUGUGCGCUUCAUCGUUGAUAUCUGGAGACAACGGCUCUCCUCACCAGUUCUCUUGCGACUUUUGGACUCCUGGGACUCCUUCUACACACUGUUUCUACUGGCGUUGGAAGGCUACCAUUUGCGCCUUCACGGCGCCACCUUCUCCGAGCACUUCUUCGGCCUUCGCCGCGUCCCGCGGCGGCCGCGCGUGUCGUCGCCCCUGGAGGCGCUGCAGGCGGCGCGACGCGGCGAAAAGGCGGCACCCUUGAGGCCCUGGCAGCAGCUGGCGUCGUUGAUGAUGCAGGUACAUGCAGUCAAGUCGCUGGCCGUCUUCGCCUACAGUUUGCUGUAUUUGCUGGAACAGACGGACAUUUGGUCGCCCUGGCUACAUCUGUUGGGCCUGAAGCUGGCACGCCACUUUCCAGAGCCACCUUUGCCAUCGGAGGAGAAGGACCAAGUCAAGAGUCUUGCAAUACGCAUGCAAGACUUGGCCAAGUUCUGUGGAAGAGCAUCCCUGUGGGGAACCGUGUAUGCCCUCCAGUUCCUCCAGUGGUGGUAUCAACGAGAGCAUCUCCUUCAGCCCCUCCGUCCGCACAAAGCUCCACCACCUCCUCCCCAACGAUUUCCCUACCCUGAAAGUCUUCCCACUACAAGCGCUCGUGGUGCACCGAAAGUGGUGGUCUUGCCGGAAGAUCGAACCAUUUGCCCAUUGUGCCACCGACCGCGGCAGAAUCCGGCCAUGUCAUGUGGAGGAUAUGCCUUUUGCUACACCUGUUUGGUGCCACACGUGCAAGAGUUUGGGCACUGUCCCGUCACAGGACAGCGGAUGAGGGUUGAAGAGAUUCGACGCAUCCGUGACGAGGGAUGA